GAGCCCUAUACCCAUAACAUCGCUUUCGCUGGCUUAGGCUUGCGAGCGGCCAACGGUAUGAGCCCAGGUUACCUCGGGGGCUGUGAAUUCACAGACUCAAUGGAAAGCUUCGCAGUGACCUGGCUUCAGCCCAAUGUGCUUGCCUAUGGUCUACAGAGCAGGACGGGCCAUCACACAACAGCACACACUGUGCGUCUGUGGGAUGUUCGAGUUGGCACUGGCCCGAGUCCAGCCAACUCCUCAAACAGGAUUGAGCGAUGGCACCGGGUGACUGGCCUUGAGAGAUCGGGACCGGAUGAUCAACACCUGCUUGUCACAAGUAACAAAGACAUCAGUUUGUAUGAUCUCCGCAUGCAGUCACCAGAUGGACCGCCGCUGCUUACGAUUGCGCACACAUCAGUGGGUGCCCAACUCAAUUUUGCAGUACAUGGCGAUCUCAUAGCUGCUACAGAUGAGCUGUUCAAGGUCCAGGUGUACUCACUGCGUACCAGUCGACAUCUCAGAACAUUGGGGACACACACAUUCAGUACACCACCGAGCCAGCUUCGAUGGCAGGAGAACAAAAGGGGCUCACCGUAUCUCCAAGCCUGCCAAAAUAACGCUGUGCACAAAUGGGCGUAUUGAAGCUUACCUACUUGGUACUCGUGUUGUUUGGCGGGAGUCUUUACAACAUGAGUAUGCUUUGUAACAUCCUCUUCUAUAACAUUCAACGCACCAUACCUGUGUGUUCUUAGCG